AAAUAGACAAUAACUUAGUCUCCUCCAUGCUAUGCCAAAGUCCAACCAAACCCAACACCUUAAAAAACCCUCCUUUUUUUUCUUCUUCAUGGGUUAACCAUCAUCUUGUACAUUCAUCCUUUUUCCAUGGCCCCAAACCAGAAAACAACUCAACAAAAAAGACCCAAAACAAAUUGUUUUCUCGCUUGUUUCGGGUUUCCACCAAAAACAACCUCCUCCUCCUCAUCAUCUUCCUCUAAGAAGAAGCCUAAGAAAAUCGACGCUCGUAAAAAGUUCUUGAAGCUUAAGUUACAUUGGCCUAAACUUAAAGUCAUGAUCAUUGAGAAGAAAAGAUUUAUCUUUGAUCCAAAAGCAGCAGCUCUCAAGGCCAGCCAUGAUCUCAUGUUUGAAGCAACCAAAGUUCAGAAUCACCUCAAACAACGUAUUGAUCAUCAUCAUUUCUCAACUAUCCAAGAGGUGCCCUCAAAAGGAAGCAUUACCCACCAAGACAACAACCAAAGUGAUUUAAAAAACCAAUCAAUUUGUGCUACAUGUCAUCAUCAUAAACAAGAUCCCGCCACUCCCAAGGCCGCCGUCAUCCAACGAUCUAUUUCCGGUAACAAAUUAGUUACCAAGGAUCCGUCGAUCGGGGUGGCGAUAAUGGUGGCGAUGUUAAUCAUUAUGUCGAUUUGGGGGCGAUUGUGUGCUAUUUUAUGCAUGUCUGCGUGGCUAUAUUGCAUACCAUUUUUCCGGCGGGUACCAAAUCAUACCAACUCAAAAUUGGGUACGGAUAAUUUGAACCCGGAAUUGAACAAGAAGAAAGUGGUGCUACAACAAGGGCUACUUCAAAGGGAUCACAAAACUGGUAUUGGCAUUUCGUGACAACAAGUCUUUUUCAUUUUUAGAGGUACAAAAUAGCUUUUUUUUGUCACCAUGUUUGCAAAAUUUUGAUGGGACCGGAUGAUUGCCAAGAUGUCAUUACAAUGCCACGUACGGUCAUUUUUUAUUUUUUAUUUUUUUUGCUAUUGUUAAUAAUUUUUUGAAAAGGAUCGAUUUCUUUCAAUAUUGCAUAAAGAUCUAACAAUUCCCUAAAUACGUUACUUUUUAAGUUAUUUCCCACCAUACCGUCGACGUAAGCAAGAGAGAAAGAGAAGUAAUUUUUUUUUUCCGGUUCAGCAUUGAACCGCUAUAUGAGAUAGCGGUUUCGUUUUAAAGCAAACCGCCAUCUCAGAUGGCGGUUCAAUGUUAUAAACCGCUAUCUCAGAUAGCGGUUUGUAUUAAAACAAAACCGCUAUCUCAGAUGGCGGUUUACUUAAUUGUAAAUUAUUUUUAACAUGAAUUACAGUUUAAAUAGAAAUAUAAUUUAGAAGUAACCUCUUAUGACAUCAAUUGUGUCUGUAGCUCAGUAGAUAGAGUGUGUUGUUUCUACGCAGGAGGUCGUGGGUUCGAAUCCUACCUGAUGUGUUUAUUUCUUUUUAACCAUUUAUUAAUAUUAAUUAUAAACAUUUCUAAAUUUAACUUAUCAACAUUAGUGUCUGUAGCUUAGCGGAUAGAGUGUUUAUUUCCCAACCAAAAGGUCGUGGGUUCGACCCCUAGCUGAUGCAGUUUUUUUUUUAACCAUUAUAAAUAGUACUACUUACGUGAUUAUAAACCGCUAUCUCAGAUAGCGGUUGACUAGUGUCGCUUCGUUAAAAAAAAAGAGACCGAUUUUAAUGCUGACGUGGACGGUAUGGUGGGAAUUAAGUUAAAAAGUGGCGCAUUUUGGGAAUUUGACGUUCUUUAAACAAUAUUGAAGGAAAUCGCUCUUUGAAAAGGGAAUAAAAGAGUUGUUUCGUCGUGUUUGAGUCUUGGGAGUGUAACCAGAUUUAUUAGAAGAGUUUACCUUCCGUUAAUGAUAAUACUUAAAAAAAAAAACCUCCCUUUUGCCUUCUUACUUUUUCUAAAUGUAGAUAUAGACAUAUAGUACAUUCAAAGAUAAAUAAUACGUAGUACAAAGUAACAUAUGCAUAUAUAUAUAUAUAUGCAGAGUGUUAUAAUGUUAUAUAUGGGCACGCCAAAGAUAUAAUUGAACAUUUGCAUUGGAAGUAGUUUAAUUUUGGUUUGUGGUGUA